AUGUUGUUACUAAUUAUACUGCUAAGUUAUGUUUUGGGUUGUGCAUCGACAAUUGCCGUAUUGCUAUAUUUAUAUACAAGCUAUGCAUUUAGCCCACCAGUCGUAAUUAAUGAACAAGAAGACGAACAGUUUGAAGCAUUCCAUCCAUUGCCUGAAAAUGAACGAGCAAAAAAUUUGGCAGUCGAUGCUGUUAAUUAUCUAUUUCAAUUUUUAUUUCAAGAACUUAAAGAUAGUUCAAGAUUACGACGUUAUCUAAUGCAUAAAUUGGAUACAGAAUUUAAAGAAUUGAAGAAUAGUCGAACAGGAAAAAUAUUUGUUCAAAAUAUUAUCAUACAAAGUUUUUCAGUUGGAAAGAAAUGUCCAAUAUUCAGCGAUAUUCAACUUGAACGACAAGAACGUGAUGAGCGUAAUUUGAUUAAGGAAUUCGUUGCUAAGCUUGAUGCUGAUUAUGAAGAUGGCUUUUUUGUUACACUUGAUAUAACGUUACUAUUUGGCCAUAAGUGUCAAUUAUCUAUUAAAGUAAAACGUAUUCAAGGACGUUUACAUUUAGAAUUUCGUCGUGAACCAUUCAGCCAUUGGCUGUUAGUUUUUCAAGAUGAACCAUUCAUUGAUUUUGAAGUUAAAUCAUAUUUUGCUACAGUUGAAAGUCCACAAUUAGCAAAUAUUAUCACACAACAAUUACGUCGUGCUAUAAAACGUAAACAAACAUGGCCAAGUUAUAAAAUUCGUUUUCAACCAUUUUUUUCUGCAUCAAAACAUUCUCUACCAGCUGAUGUUUUAUCUGCCAAUGGGAAUAAUCUUAUACCGGGUAGUUUCGAUGUAUUAAUUAAACAUUGCGAUCGUCUUUCAAUACCAUUGACCAUAUUUGAUAAACAAAAGAUGCCAUCUGUAGCAGUAUUUUUAACGGUGAAUAUCAACGAGAAAACGUGUGCUGAUUAUUUAUAUAUUGAUCGUAGUAUAUGGCCAACAAAAGAACUUGAAUUAACACGUAACAUACAUAAAAUUCUUGUUAAAGAAGUUCUUUAUAUGGACCGAAUAGAAUUAUUAAUUGAACAAAUUGAUCCAAUACCAAAUGGAAUUGAAGAUGCUACAGCAUUUAAAACAGCAUUAGAAGAUAAGAAUGUAUUUUUACUUAAAAUGCGAGGACAAGACGUUAAAACAGUUAAACAAAUGAAUCGCUUAUUAAAAUAUAAACCAUCUGUUUCACCUGGCGAUGGAACAUUGCCAGCAACAACAACAACAGCAAAUGGAAAUGAAGAUGGAGUAAAAAUUGUUAUUGGUAUGCCUUUAUUACAUAGUGUUCGUGUACAACGUGCUGCUGAAUCUUUAAGUGUAUCGGAAAUAGAAAAAAAGGGUGGACAUUCACCAACAUUGUCGAUACGUAGUGAUACAUUGACGCCAUCACCCAAUCUACGGCAAAGAACUACUCCAUCAACAAUAAAAUCUGAAAAAAAUGCUGAUUCAAUUGGUUUAUCUAGUAGACCAUCAGAUGGUGAUGAUGAAUCAAUACAAACUACGAAUACAGAAGAUGCUAAUAAUAAAGUAUCAACUGUCAAUGCAACAAAAAAACCAAAACCAUUAAAAAAUCUUGUAAAUUAUAUCACUUUAAUUAUGAUGAAUGCCGAUGUAUUACAAGAAUUUCAAGCUCAACCAACUCCUACUCAAAAGCCGGAGCCGCAUAUUGUAUUUAACAAUAAAUUCGAGUUUCAAGUGGGUCCCAAUGAACGAUAUCUUAACAUUUGUUUAUGGUGUAAACCACCACUUGAUUGUGAUGUACCAAAUGCUGGUAAAAAACUAAUUUUACUAGGUCAUGCUACAGUUGCUCUCUCAGAAAUAGUACUCGAUGCUCAUCUAAGUUAUAAACGUGAAACUCAAAUGACACUCAAUUUUCGUUCGGCUUAUUCGGUAAAACCUAAUUUAGAUAUUUCACUUACAGAGUCUGACAGUAAAAAACGAGUUGAACUAAGUACUCAUAAAGGUUACGAUGAUAAUUUGGCUCAUGGUUUUGUUACAGUAAACGUCAAACAUAGACCAGCAAUCGAAGCAAGAUUAAAUUCACAAGAAAAAAACGAGCAAUUCACAGCUAAUGUACCUGUUUUCAAUGAUCUGUAUAGAAAAUUAAAAGAAGAAGAAACUAAACGAGAUCAACUGAAAUAUAUAAAUACUAUCAAUGAACAACAAGAAUCGCCUGCACGCAGGCAAAUUUAA